UUUAAUUUCUUUCUAAGAUUGUACAUUGUUCAUCCGUCCACAGGAUGUCGCUAUUCUAACUCAGAAUCUUAAGUUUUUCUUUGGUAUUGCUGUUUGCGCUCGGCUUCCCCUAGUGGCGACUUGCUGUAAGCAGCAGGCAGAAAGAACUUUUUAUUUCAGUUGGAAAAGAGGCCUUGAGGUGUUAAGACGUUACACACCUCCUCUGCACCAUACAUCGUUGGGAACCCUUGACAAAACAAAAUCUUUUUACCACACACACGCACACACGUUGACACAAAGAAAUAAAUGAGAGGAAGGAGUUCGGGCCUCCAAGUUUCUUUGUCGGUUUAGCUCGCUGCCAAAGUCGAGUAGCCAUACGCUCGGCUGAGGGCAGAAGAGUAAAAAGAUUUUCAACACAUCAAGCACCCAAGAUGUCUCAGCAAGAAGUUUCACCACCUAUCAGCCAAGUGGUCACCAGGUCGGAGGCCAGUCAUUCUCAUUCUUCACGCCGGUCCAGAACGAGUCAAGCUGCUGCACAAGCACGAGCAGACGCCGAAGCUGCCUACGCCAGAGCACGGUACGCCAAACGCCAAAUCGACAUGGAGGUCGAGAAGGCACGCAUCGAGGCAACACUACACGCUCUGAAGACGGAAGGUGAAGCAGAAGCAGCGCUCGCCGCAGCUAAAGUUUGGGAGGCGACUUUCGAAGAAGAGGAGCGCGCCAAAGUCGACCUCAGCGAGCAAGGGGUAUUUUCCAAGACACCCCCCUCCAUCAGGCGUGCACAAGAGUAUGUGCAUGCUCACUUUGACGACCAGCGUGUCCAAGCAGAUGGCACACAAACGCCAAACAAUGAGCACCUGGUUAGGCACAAUGACUCUCAACAACCAGAAAAUAGCCCAAAAUCAGCUGGUGCUUUUCCACAUGUGCGUCACAUCGACAUCGCUGACGAAGAGCAUCUCCAAUCUCAUCGUGCGAGAACGGACAUCUCACACCAGCCUACACCUUCAGCAACCCCACAAAGUGAACUGUCCAAUUUAGCAGCCUAUCUAGCACGGCGUGAUCUGCUGACAUCGGGGUCCAAGGUUUUCGACAACCGGCCAGAGUCCUACCUGUCCUGGAAGUCCAUGUUCUGCAACGCGACGGAAGGCCUCAAUCUCAAGCCCAGCGAAGAGCUCGACCUUCUCACCAAGCGGCGCCUACCUGACAAUCGGGAGCAGGCCUACAAUCGUUUAAUGUCGCUCCGCAAAACGCUGAGAAGAAAACCUGAAAUGAGAGCGCAUUACGCUGAGUUUAUGGAGAAAAUAUUCAGCAAGGGCCAUGCCGAACCAGCGCCCGCACUGGCGCCAGAUCAAGAGUGCUGGUAUCUCCCUAGUUUUGGCGUUUACCACCCGCAAAAGCCAGAAAAAAUUAGGGUAGUCUUUGAUUCGAGUGCUCAACUUGACAAUGUUUCUCUCAAUGACGUGCUCCUCAAGGGACCAGAUCUUAACAACACUCUCGUAGGAGUUCUGAUGCGGUUUAGGUCCGACCCAUACGCCGUUAUGGCAGAUGUGGAGCAUAUGUUUCACAACUUUAUAGUACGAGAAGACCACCCCGUAGGUGCGGUAGCAUACCUCAAACUCACAAAUGAGGACGGACACAGCGAAGUGGGAUUCCUCCUCGGCAAAGCACGUUUAGCUCCUAAACCAGACAUCACCAUACCCCGACUUGAACUCUGUGCAGCAGUCCUGGCCGUGGAAGUAGCAGAGUUGGUUCUAGAGGAGCUGGAUGUCACAGUCGAUCAGGUGAAUCUUUACACAGACUCAAAGGUAGUGCUUGGGUACAUCUCAAACACCAAGAGACGCUUUCACGUUUAUGUGCACAACAGAGUCGAACGCAUCAGGCGCUUUGCACAAACUCACCAGUGGCAUUACGUGCCCACACACUUAAAUCCGGCAGACCAUGCCACACGAGCGUUGCCCGCUGAGCAGCUCUCCAGCUCCACCUGGCUCAGAGGCCCAGCUUUCCUCUCCAGGUUGGACCAAAGUCAAGUUCGAAGUCAAACCUUCGAUCUCAUAGACCCAGAGACUGACUGUGAGUUGCGUCCUGAGGUAACAACUUGCACUACCACCCUAUCAAAAGGCCAGUUUAAUAGUGCCAGAUUUGAAAGGUUUUCAAGUUGGAAGGUGCUGCAAAAGGCUAUUGCCAAACUCCAACAUAUAGCUCAAUCAUUCAAGAACAACUCUGAGGUUUCCUGUCGUGGCUGGCACAACUGCAACAAACAUUUAACUGAAAAGUCACUGCAACUAGCCAAGACCACGAUCAUUCGCACCGUUCAAAGAGAGGUCUUCGCAGAAGAUAUUGGAUGCAUUGAAAAAGGCACAGCUUUAAAAAACUCAAGUCCACUCAGCAAACUGAAUCCAUUUGUUGACACGCAAGGGCUCCUUAAAGUUGGAGGCCGACUAAAGAAAGCACAGUUGUCUGCAGAAGAAACCAAUCCCAUACUAAUCCCUGGAAAGCACCAUCUUGCUCAGCUCAUAAUAAGACACUUUCACGAAAAAUUAUGUCACCAGGGAAGGCAUUUCACGGAGGGAGCAGUCAGAGCAGGGGGCUUUUGGAUUGUGGGAGGAAAAAGAGCAGUAAGCAGUGUGAUUUUCAAGUGCAUCACAUGCCGCAAAUUAAGGGGCAGGCAACCUGAACAGAUCAUGGCUGAGCUACCUGAAGACAGGCUGUCCACGGACCCUCCUUUCACAAAUGUAGGCCUUGAUGUGUUCGGUCCCUGGUCCGUUACAGUGAGAAAAACGCGUGGUGCUAAUGCAGAUGCUAAAAGAUGGGCAGUCAUAUUCACCUGCAUGAGUACACGUGCAAUUCAUAUUGAAGUGAUUGAGUCAAUGGACACAUCGUCAUUCAUUAAUGCACUGCGUCGUUUCUUUGCCAUCCGAGGUGGUGCCAAACUCUUGAGAUCUGAUUGUGGGACAAAUUUUGUGAGUGCCUGCAAAGAGCUCCAAAUAGACAAACUAGGCUGUCACAAUGACAAAAUAGGCACAUUCUUGAAAGACAGUGCGUGCAAAUGGCAGUUUAAUCCUCCACAUGCAUCCCAUAUGGCUGGUUCCUGGGAACGCAUGAUCGGCGUCACCCGAAAAAUCCUCAAUGCAAUGCUCCUUGAACAUCCAUAUGGGAAGCUCACACAUGAAGUACUCGUAACAUUGUUAGCUGAAGUCACCGCAAUUGUAAAUGCCCGUCCGCUAACAGCCGUUUCUACAGAUCCCGAAAACCCAGUCAUUCUUACUCCUGCGAUGCUACUUACGCAAAAGGUUGGCACACCACCGAUUCCACCAGGGCAGUUUCAGACCAGUGACCUAUUCAAAGCCCAAUGGAAGCGCGUGCAGUACUUAGCUAAUGUUUUCUGGAGUCGUUGGCAGAAAGAAUACAUCGCAGGCUUGCAGGUUCGUCGCAAGUGGAAAAUAAAAAAGCCGAACCUUCAAAUGGGCGACGUUGUUUUAAUGAGGGAGUCUCUGGAACAUAGGAAUAAUUGGCCACUCGGACUGAUCACAAAAUCUUUCCCAAGUGAGGACGGUAAUGUCAGAAAAGUUGAGGUUAAGAUUUGCCGAAACGGCGAGAAUAGGUUUUACAUUCGCCCAAUUCGUGAAGUUGUGCUUUUGCUGUCUAAGGGUAGCAUGUAAAACGAGUUGUUGUUGUGUAUCGUUCAUUAGUUAAGAGCUGACAUCUUGCAGAUGUCAGGCGGGGAGUGUUAUGUCCUCUGGUCUUAUGUUGACUACUUUUUGGGUUUAAUUUCUUUCUAAGAUUGUACAUUGUUCAUCCGUCCACAGGAUGUCGCUAUUCUAACUCAGAAUCUUAAGUUUUUCUUUGGUAUUGCUGUUUGCGCUCGGCUUCCCCUAGUGGCGACUUGCUGUAAGCAGCAGGCAGAAAGAACUUUUUAUUUCAGUUGGAAAAGAGGCCUUGAGGUGUUAAGACGUUACACACCUCCUCUGCACCAUACAUCGUUGGGAACCCUUGACAAAACAAAAUCUUUUUACCACACACACGCACACACGUUGACACAAAGAAAUAAAUGAGAGGAAGGAGUUCGGGCCUCCAAGUUUCUUUGUCG